CUUGAAUGAAUUGUAUUGUUUACGUUUCGGAAUCAAAAUGUCAGAAGAGGGGAAAACGUCCAUAUCUUUCGGAUUCUCAAAGAAAUCUGAAAAGAAAACUUUAACAAAUUCAAUAUCAGAGCAGGAAACAAAUGAAACAGAAUUUAUUACAUCACUUGAGGACAGAGAAGUUCAAAGCACCAAACCAAAACAAGAAAAGAAGGAAAUAAUAAUACCUCUUAUUAAAACCAACAACUGGAAGACCAAACAGCUAGACAAUAGUAAACACAAUAAAUCAAAUGAUGGCCUAGAGUCCCAAGCUGUACAGGAACUUCUCAAAGAUGCUGAGAAACAGAAGGAGAGCUGGGACAGCCGGGGAACAGUGGACACAGGCCUGGAGAUCCCAUUGCUGAUGCAGAACAAGGUGCCUGAGGGUUUUGAGACAGACGACCAGCUGGAUGUGUCUCUGCGACCCGACGAGCCUGCUGACACUGACUACGAAGAGAUCCCUAUCGAGGCAUUUGGUUUGGCCAUGCUGAAAGGAAUGGGGUGGAAGGAAGGGGAGGGCAUCGGCAGAAACAACAAAGCUGUGAAGCCAGUUGAGGCAGUGCUUAGGCCCAAGGGCAUGGGCCUUGGGGCUGACAGGGGGCAGGCUCAGGAUCUUAAUAAGUCCAAACAGGGGUCAGACAGCAAGAACAAUGGGGAAGACAGUGCCGAACUCAGGCUGAAAAAAGGGGCCUAUUGCCUGGUGGAGAGUGGGCCCAACAAAGAUUUAUAUGGGGUGAUCGAGGGAAUGGAUGAGGACAAUGCGAGACUGAUGAUCAAGCUCACUAUCAGUGGCAAACUGGUGUCAGUCAGUCAGUACAACACAAAACUGGUCUCUGCUGAGGAUUACCAGAAAUACUCCAAAUACAUCAACAAAGGCGCCGCUGACAGAUAUAAAGAAAAAGAUGAGCUGAAGAAAGAGAAAGAGACCAGGGAGAGCAGUAGUCACGAGGAUACGACUAGAAGAGACAAGGGUACGAGAGAGGGCCGAGACUCAAGAGAUCGGGACGAGAGGUCACGGGAUAAACAUGACCGAAAGAAAGACAAGCACAGAGAACGAGAACGGGAAAGAGAGGGGUCAUCGUCAAGUUCUAGCAAGAAAAGGAAAUAUGAAGAUGAUAGACCUGCAUCAAGUCACAGAAAUGGACACAGCUCUAGUAACAAUGAGAGAUCUCAGUUGUUGUGGGUUCGACCAAACCUCAGGGCUCGACUCGUAGAUGAGAAAUACAAGAAAGGGAAAUAUUUCAAUGUAAAGGUUGUUAUAGUUGAUGUUUUUGACAAAGAUCACUGUGUUUGUAAAACUGAAGAUGGGAAAAUAUUAGAAGAUAUCUCUCAGACCAUGCUUGAGACGGUUGUACCAAAGUCAGACUCUGCCUACGUGUCCAUAGUGUCAGGGAAAUACAGGGGCCAGAUUGCUCAUGUACUGGAGAGAGACAAGAAGAAGUAUUCAGCCAUGUUACAGCUACUUAGCGAUAGAGACAAAGUGCUUCAGAUUGAUUACGACUCUAUAUGUGAAUUUGUAGGGGACAUAAAUGAAGAAUUUGACUUCUAACUCAUUUAAAAUGAAUGUUAAAUAUAAGUUGGGCACAGCAUACCAUACCUUCUGAAUUGUACUUAUUUAAACUGAUGAGUGUGUUUAAAUAAAAAUUAAACAUAUGUUAAGUUCUUGAAAAUUCCUUUAAAUGCACUGCAAUAUUGCUAAAAGGAUUAAAUCACUGGUGCAAAUAAAGAGUGAUUUGAUUCCAUGCAUCAUUUAAUGGAUACAUACAUUUAAGGGAAGCACUAUUUCUUGUAUGAUAUAACAACAUCAUUACCAUUCAUUGUUUAAUACUUCAAGUUUGUACUAUAGAAAUACAUUGUACAUUUAUAUAGUGGCAUGACGCACAAAACAAUAUCACAUUAAACAUUGUUUGGAAUUCUGUUGUGAUGUUUUUAUUGAUU